AUGUCGUCCAUCGUUGGCCAUCUCGCGCGCCGGGGCGCGGAGUUUGCCUCCACCCAGUUGAAGAACCCCGAGGAGCAGCCUCAGCAGAUGUCGGGGGCCCUGAUGGCCCUCAUGGUGGUGACCAUCCUGGUCUUUGCAUGUGCCAUGUGGGCUGUGGAAUACACAUACGGCAAUGUCGUGGCCACCCUCGCGGCCAUCGAGGACUCCAACCCGGAUGUCUAUGUUCGGAUCGACAACACCUCCGAAGAGGAUCCCAUCAAGCCAUUCGACCCCAAUGAGCCCGAACACGCCGAUGUCCCUCGUCCCCGGCCCAUCACCAGCGGCCUGCGCACUGCCGUCAAGCAUCUGCGUGCCCGUGCGGGCUUCUGGUCCCGUUUCCGUGGCCUGGCCAUGUACCUGACCUACGGUCUGGCCCGGGCCAUCAUUUCGGGCUUCAUGCCCAUCCCCACCAGCUCGUUCAUCGGCCAGUUCUUCGCGCAGUCCCUGGUCAGCCUUCUCCUGGCCACCUGGCAGAUGGCCUGGGUCCACAUCGUCAUCUCCGAGCCUUCUCCCAAGCGCUUCUACCAGCGGAUCCCCAGCUUCCGUACCUGGAUCAAGAUUGCUCCCGCCGCGGCCCUGGGGGAUAUCCUGACGGCGGCUGCCUUCUUCUUCCCCAUGGCGAUCGCCGGCUUUGCCGGCUGGAUGGAGACUGUCCAGGGCCAGGAGAACACGAUGAUGGGCAUGUGCCGCUUCUUGGCCGUGUCUGCCAUCCCGGCACUGCUCGCCUUCCUGAUCUCCAUUCCCGCCCGCGUCAUCUUCACCCGUGUCGCUGCCUCGAUGUUGCCCGAGGAGGACGAGACUAUUGUGCCCUUUGACCGCUCCUUCGGCGGCAAGGUCCAGCCCCAGAUUGUGGGCGGGAGCGGCAAGAUUGGUCUCCUGGAGGCCUGGACCACCUUUGACUGGGCCGCCCGGGUUCGCUUCGCCAAGGUGAUGGGCAAGACGCUGGCUAUCGAGCUUGCUCUGGGCCUGCUGGCCGGGAUCCUGCUGGCCGUCCAGAUCUUCACCAUGGCUCCCAGCGCGGUCCACCAAGGCGAGGGCUCUGCAGAGCCCUCUCCCGCGUAA